GUUAGGGUAUUUCGUCUGCCACAGAUGAUUAAUAAAAACAGAAUUUAAUUUGACGCAAAAGGAAAGUUGAGCGAGAAACAAGGAGCUGCCAUGGAAGUCAUCCUGAUGAUCAUCUUCUUCACCGCCUUCUGGGUGGCGGUGGCCAAGUUCGGACCCAUCCUGGUGAAAAAGGGACCUCAGGAUGAUCUGGUGCGCUGCAUCUUCCUACUGACCGCCGUCGUCUGCUGGCUUUUCUGGCUCUGCUGCUAUUUGGCGCAACUGAAUCCGCUUCUGGGACCAAAACUUAAUGGACACACCAUCAGGAUCAUCGCCCAGUCCUGGGGCAACCCCCUCAAGGAGGGAUAACGAAGUUCCCGCGAUGGAAUCUCCACAUAGUUAAUCUCUGGCGGAGCCAUCUUCUCCGGAAUUCCCAUCAGCAGCCACAUCACUCGGAAACAUUUUUGUACUUUAAUAGUGGCACAUAGAUAAGGUUGGACUAUCCCAUCCCCAGAUACGCCCAACUAUUUCCAAACUAUUAUCAUUACUUAUUGAUAUUGUGAACUCCCACUUUGAACAUGAGCUUGUUUUGAUAUCUCAGCAUCACUGAUUAGCAUAUCACUCUAUUGUAUUUAUUGUUUUAUGUUUAUAAUUGUUUUUUACAAAGCACUAGCCAUGUUCUUAUUCACUUCCAACUUAUGAAACAGAUAUUUGCAAUAUAAUGUUUUACAAACUUGCCACAUAAGCGAUUUUUGAAUAGUUAAACAGAUUAUUACGAACCUAGUGUUUCCCGUUUUGUAGAUAAUUUUACUAAUCAGUCAUUGUAUUUGUGAUUUAGUUAUUGGCAAAUAUAGAACAAUUUUUGCGUUUAUUAAUAUAA